AUGGUGAAGCCGCUUAGCUUUAAGGGUGACAAGAAGCCCAAGAAGAGGAAGCGGGUGGUUGACCCAGAUGCUAGCAACGCGGAUGGACCGAGUGACCUUGCGAGAACGGCGCCGGCUGCUCGACCAGACGAUGAUGGCGAGGAUGACCACAGCUGGGUAUCGGCAGAGGCAUUGACAGAUCUCGUGGGUCCUGUGAUGCUUGUGCUGCCCACGGAGCCGGUAACUUGUCUGGCCUGCGAUCCGAACGGCAAGGUCUUUGCCGACGAGGUUGUCAACAUCAUUGAUGGGAACCCAUCUUCAGCCGAGCCGCAUGACGUACGCCAGGUCUGGGUCGUAAAUAAGAUCGUCGGCACAGAGCACUUCCGUUUUAAGGGUCGGUAUGGAAAAUUCCUGAGCUGUGAUCAGUACGGCGUCCUUUCUGCGACGUCAGAGGCUGUGUCACCACCCGAGACAUGGACUGUCGUCCCGACCGCAGAUGCAGCAGGCACAUUUCAACUACAAACGCAAAGAGAGACAUUUUUGACGGCCAAAGAGCCGACGAAAGCUGGCGCAGCACCAUCUGUUCGUGGUGAUGCAACAGAUAUCGGCUUCGAAACCACCUUGAGAAUCCGCAUGCAAGCCCGCUUCAAACCGAAGCUCAAAGCGUCUAAGGAAGAGAAGGCUAAAGAGAAAAUUAGUCGAAAGGCGCUGGAGGAGGCGGCCGGCCGACGACUUGAGGAGGACGAGGUACGGCUGCUGAAGAAGGCGAGACGGGAGGGCGACUAUCACGAGCAGUUGCUCAAUCUCAAGCAGAAGAGCAAGCACGACAAGUACGGCUGA